GCGUAUGCACUUCCUCUUAGAACGUUCUUAUCCAUGUUAUGGAUAAACGGUAGUUAUUUACAGCAAACAUUUUUAAAAAUAUUUUAACCAACAAUGUUUACUAUAUGAAACACUUACCUCUGUAUUUAGGUAUUUCUGGAUAGAAAAAAAAGCUGUUGUAUUUUCAUAAAAUUAAAUGCCGAAAACCCAUAUAUUUUUACUCUUGUGUAUUACUAGAUCUAGAUCUAUUUAUUAACUCAGCUUGCUUACUGUACUGUCAAAAUUAAAGUCUGUAUAGCCGACAGAUAGUGAAACCAUGGCUUGGAGUACCUUGUCACAAUUGAUCAUGAACAAGAUCUAAAUAUAAAUAUUUAGAGACAUGACGAAUUGCAAUCAAAUGUGCAAAUUUUUAUACAUACUUAUAUUUCUGGGGAUAGCUUCACAGACAACAGCUUUGAGGUGCUAUUUGUGCAACUCUUUCGAUGAUAAAGACUGCGCCAGCAGCUCAUUAGAAAAGUUCCAAACAGCCUGCGAUACUGGUGCUGUGGGCUGCCGAAAACUUGAAACAACUUUUAGACCUGCGUUGCGCCCAAAAGAUGAGCAACGACGUAUCGUCCGUCAGUGUGCGAUGACCACCGGCGGCUCUGACUGUACCACGCUGUACGGCAGCAAUGGCAAACGAUUCAAAUCAACAUACUGCGAGUGCUCGUCAGAAUUGUGUAACACAGGGACAUCUUUCAGAGCAAAGCUGCUCAUCCUCAUCACUAUGCUGGCAGUGUGCUCAGUUUUCUUGCUUUGAGUACCCCUCGUCUCUAGGCGAGAAACAACACGAUCACAUUCUCAAAUGAUGGCAUUCCUGGUGGAUAUUAAGUCGUGCAUCAUGAUUCGAUUGUCAUUCGAAUUGUAUUGUCAUCUUUAUAUGGUGAGCACAUGUUUUAUUGAUUUUAUUAUUAUUUUCUCCAUUAUAUUUAUCACUUAGAUGCUAAUUCUAGACUAGAAAAAGACUUGAUAUUUUUUAGAUUCAUUGUUCUUAAAUGGGACAAUAUUUAGCAUGUUGAUGUUUAAUACUAGCAGGCUAAUAUUCACCAGUUAUUUUAUAUUAUAUAGUCGCUGUUUUCUUUUAUUCAUUUAAAACAUGGUCAAUAAUUAUUAGUAUUUUUAAGGAAACACGUAGAGUUUAAGACAGUGCCAAGUCUAAGAUGAGAACAAAGAAAUUACAUUGGUUAUAUCUUAGUGUGUGGAUUCCUAAUUUGAAUAAGAAAUUGAUUUUGAAGACGUUUGAUAUAUUUGACAAGAAAGUGUGUGAUUUGUGUAGCGCUGUUGUGUAGCUAGACAGAAACCACUCUUGUUUUUUCUGUGUUGAAAGGCUGGCUACUUGUCUAUUGUCAUGCUGAAUAUUUGUAUUAAAAGUUAAAAUUGUUC